CCCGCCGCCUAGAGGCGGCUCCGCGCGGGCCCGAGGGGAGGCCGCUUCUUGUUCUCGCUGGUCGGCGCUUCCGGCUGGGCCUGGCCCCGGCCCCGGGGAGAAGGGGAGAGGCCGGGCCGGCGCGGCGGGAAAUAGUCCCAGCCAGGCAAGUUGACGUGCUCACCAAGCACCUGCUCAAGUCACCACCGUAUGCUGUUCCAGAGCAGCAGGCUUUUCACCAACGUGAUAGCCAGGCCCCGCCGGGGUCUUUCUGGAUUUCCCACAAUGGUGUCAGUUACAAUGGCUACAUCUGAGUGGAUUCAGUUUUUUAAGGAAGCUGGGAUUCCUCCAGGCCCUGCUGUCAACUAUGCGGUUAUGUUUGUGGAUAACAGAAUCCAGAAGAACAUGCUGCUGGACCUGAACAAGGAGAUCAUGAAUGAGCUAGGGAUCACGGUGGUGGGGGAUAUUAUCGCUAUCCUCAAGCACGCUAAAGUUGUUUACAGACAGGAGAUGUGCAAGGCAGCGACUGAAUCGGUGUCCUCCAACCAGCCAAGUAUGCAGUCCGAGCUCCGCAGGAGCGCCAACAGCGCUGCCACCCGUAUGAUCGCUAACAGUUUAAGCCGAGAUUCGCCACCUGCUACCCCUGUCCGAAGACCCGACACCAGUACAUCCAAAAUCUCUGUUACUGUGUCCAACAAAAUGGCUGGGAAGAACGCAAAAGCAGCUUUAUGCGAUCCAGCGGACGAGAGCCUGGUGGGCCCGGUGAAGCGACGGCGAGUUACAGCGGAGAUGGAAGGGAAGUACAUCAUCAACAUGCCAAAAGGUACCACGCCCAGGACUAAGAAAAUCCUGGAACAGCAGGCAGCGAAAGGUACCACUGGUGUGCCCAGGACGUCUGUGUUUGACCGGCUGGGAGCUGAGAUGAAGGCAGACACAACCACCGGGAAUAAGCCUACAGGGGUCUUCAGCCGACUGGGGGACGCACUGGGGGCGGAGGAGGAUAAAGCCACAGAGAGCGAUGACGACUGCUCCGUCCUGCAGUAUGCUGGGGUCCUGAAGAAGCUCUCCAAGCCUUUACACAAGGAAAGUGCCAAACCAGGAGUAACCAUCAAAGCAAAAGCCACGAGCUCGGAGGCAAAACCAGCUGUGACGACCAUUCGGCGACUUGGCAACAAGAGCACUAGCCUGGCGGCGAAGGAAAAGAAGCCGGAAUCAGCAUCCAAAGUCAGUGUCGUACAGAGACUGGGCAAGCCCACCCUGCCCACUGAGGCCCAGGACAGCAGUGUCACCAGUACGAAGAACAAAGCUGAGCCGCAAUUCAGGAUCACUCUAAAGAGGACUUUGGGUAGCGCUAAGGUAAGCAGCACCAGCGAAAUCUAUAGCGCUCAGAUGGACAAUACAGGGACUGUUAGUGUCUUUAAAAGACUGGGCAAGAAGGCAAACUGACCCGUGAAAAGCACCUGGAAGGUUUGGUUCUGUAACCGCUAGUGUCCGAACCACUUUGUCCUUUGUCUGCAUUGUUACCACUCUCUUUACAUGCAUGAAACCCUGUGUGGGGGAUGCCCAGAGACCCGUCUCUGUCUCCUUCGGCCGGAUCGGGGCGCCUGGCUCACACCCAACUUGGCUUGAGUGGAGUGUGCGUUUGCUCUGAUCCUGGCUCAUUCCUUACCAUUAAACUCAAAGGGUGCAAGCUGCUGUGUGAAAUGCGUUGGGAUUCUUGCAUGGUGGGUGCCUACAUCAAAACAGAACCAUCACAAUUGGUGUCAGUUGUGAGCCCCCUUAUUUGGAGGCCUCAGCAGAGAAGACCAGGCGAGACUGGGCCAUGGAGACUACGCCCCUACUCCCUGCAGUGGGUCUGCGGCAUGGCGGAAGCCUGGGCUCUGGAUAACGGAGGGUUUUCUUCUCCCAGGCUGUCGUCCGAGCACCUUUCACCAGCGCUAAAGUUCACUGAAAGCUUUUUUCUAUUCUUUUUUUCUAUCUUUUUCCUCUGCAGGUUCUUGCCUGUAUCUAGGAAGUAGCAUCUCGAGGUCUCCGUACAGAGAUAAUAUGGAGUGGGGACACUGUGCUGGAACUCUUGAGUCUAAGAGGGUUUCCUAGCAACCUAUAAAACCAAACGUAAGGGCUCCAGAACACUGCGCAGGCGUUUGUUUGAAUGUUGUCAGUCCAAGAGUAUUAAUCUAAGAACCCCGGGAGAUGUCUCUUCUCCUUCCGUCCUCA